ACCUCCAGAGCUCCCUGCAGAAGAAGGAAAGUCCCUCUGGGAGUUGGUGCUGGAGCAGUUUGAAGACCUCCUCGUCCGCAUCCUUUUGAUGGCAGCUUUUCUGUCAUUCAUCCUGGCCUGGUUUGAAGAAGGAGAGGAGACCACAACGGCGUUUGUGGAGCCCAUCGUCAUUAUCAUGAUCCUGAUCGCCAACGCCGUGGUGGGGGUGUGGCAGGAGAGGAACGCUGAGAGCGCCAUCGAAGCCUUGAAGGAGUACGAGCCUGAGAUGGGGAAGGUGAUCCGCGCCGACCGCAGUGGGGUGCAGCGGAUCCGCGCCCGGGACAUUGUCCCUGGGGACAUCGUGGAGGUGGCAGUUGGUGACAAGGUGCCGGCGGACAUCCGGAUCAUCGAAAUCCGCUCCACCACCCUGCGGGUGGACCAGUCCAUCCUCACAGGGGAGUCUGUGUCGGUGAUCAAACAUGCUGACCCCAUCCCUGACCCCCGGGCUGUCAACCAGGACAAGAAGAACAUGCUUUUCUCCGGCACCAACAUCGCAGCUGGGAAGGCUGUGGGGGUUGUCAUUGCCACAGGGGUGUACACUGAGAUCGGGAAGAUCCGAAACCAGAUGGUGGAGACUGAACCUGAGAAGACUCCCUUGCAGCAGAAACUGGAUGAGUUCAGCCAGCAGCUCUCCAAAGUGAUUUUCCUGGUGUGCAUCGCUGUCUGGGUCAUCAACAUCAGCCACUUCAGCGACCCCGUCCAUGGGGGAUCCUGGUUUCGGGGGGCCAUCUACUAUUUCAAGAUUUCGGUGGCACUGGCGGUGGCUGCCAUCCCUGAGGGCCUCCCGGCCGUCAUCACCACCUGCCUGGCGCUGGGCACACGCCGCAUGGCCAAGAAGAACGCCAUUGUCCGGAGCCUGCCCUCGGUGGAGACCCUGGGCUGCACCUCUGUCAUCUGCUCCGACAAGACCGGCACCCUCACCACCAACCAGAUGUCCGUCUGCCGGAUGUUCAUUAUGGAGAAGGUGGAGGGCGCCCAGUGCAGCCUGCAUGAGUUCACCAUCACCGGCUCCACCUACGCCCCCGAGGGACAGAUCCUGAAGGACGAGCAGCCAGUGCAGUGCGGGCGGUACGACGGGCUGGUGGAGCUGGCCACCAUCUGUGCCCUCUGCAAUGACUCCUCGCUGGACUACAACGAGUCCAAAAAAGUCUAUGAGAAGGUGGGGGAAGCCACUGAAACAGCCCUGACGUGCCUGGUGGAGAAGAUGAACGUCUUCAACACCAACACCAGCAAACUCUCCAAGGUGGAGCGAGCCAACGCCUGCAAUUCGGAGAUCAAGCAGCUGAUGAAGAAGGAGUGCACCCUGGAGUUCUCCCGUGACCGCAAGUCCAUGUCCGUGUACUGCACGCCCACCAGCCCCAGCCACAACUCCGCUGGCAGCAAGAUGUUCGUCAAGGGUGCCCCAGAAAGCGUGAUCGAGCGCUGCACCCACGUCCGUGUGGGCACUGCCAGGGUCCCCCUGACGGCCCCAGUGCGGGAGAAGAUCCUGAGCAAGAUUCGGGAUUGGGGCAUGGGCAUCGACACGCUGCGCUGCCUGGCCCUGGCCACCAACGACGCCCCCGUCCGCAGGGAGACCAUGCAGCUGCACGACUCUGCCACCUUCAUCCACUACGAGAACAACCUGACCUUCGUGGGCUGCGUGGGGAUGCUCGACCCUCCCCGCAAGGAGGUGACCUCCUCCAUCGAGAUGUGCCGCAAGGCCGGCAUCCGCGUCAUCAUGAUCACCGGUGACAACAAGGGCACGGCGGUGGCCAUCUGCCGCAGGAUCGGCAUCUUCUCGGAGAACGAGGACGUGACCGGCAAAGCCUACACGGGCCGGGAGUUUGACGAGCUGCCCCCCGAGGCGCAGCGGCAGGCGUGCCGCGAUGCCCGAUGCUUCGCCCGCGUGGAGCCGGCACACAAGUCCCGCAUCGUCGAGUACCUCCAGUCCUUCCACGAGAUCACCGCCAUGACAGGCGAUGGCGUCAACGAUGCCCCGGCCCUGAAGAAAGCUGAGAUUGGCAUCGCCAUGGGGUCGGGCACGGCCGUUGCCAAGUCAGCCGCUGAGAUGGUGCUCUCUGACGACAACUUCUCCACCAUCGUGUCGGCCGUCGAGGAAGGCAGGGCCAUUUACAACAACAUGAAGCAGUUUAUCCGCUACCUCAUCUCCUCCAACGUCGGGGAGGUCGUUUGCAUCUUUCUAACAGCCAUCCUGGGCUUGCCCGAGGCCCUCAUCCCUGUGCAGCUGCUGUGGGUGAACCUGGUGACAGACGGGCUGCCGGCCACCGCGCUGGGCUUCAACCCCCCCGACCUGGACAUCAUGGACAAGCUGCCCCGUAACCCCAAGGAGCCCCUCAUUAGUGGUUGGCUCUUCUUCCGCUACCUGGCCAUCGGAGUGUACGUGGGCCUGGCCACGGUGGGUGCAGCAACCUGGUGGUUCUUGUACGACGCCGAUGGACCGCAGGUCUCCUUCCAUCAGCUGAGGAACUUCAUGAGGUGCACUGAGGAAAACCCCAUCUUUGAAGGAAUCGACUGUGAGAUCUUUGAGUCCCGAUACCCGACCACGAUGGCUCUGUCCGUGCUGGUGACAAUCGAAAUGUGCAAUGCUCUGAACAGUGUCUCUGAGAACCAGUCGCUGCUACGGAUGCCACCGUGGCUCAACAUCUGGCUGCUGGGGGCCAUCAUCGUGUCCAUGGCUCUGCACUUCCUCAUCCUCUACGUGAAGCCCAUGCCUCUCAUCUUCCAGGUCACCCCCCUGAGCUGGCCGCAGUGGGUGGUUGUCAUGAAAAUCUCCCUGCCCGUUAUCCUGCUGGACGAAGGACUCAAGUACCUUUCCCGCAACCACCUGGAUGGCAUUCUCAGGACGGUAAGACACACGUGGAGCGGGGAGCACCAGUUGAAAACCAGCAGGACUCCAGAGCAAGGGAGAAGAGGACAAGAAAUGAAUGACACCAAGGAGAAAGGACCCCUAACUUGUAACUCGGACUGAAAGUCUUGCAUGCGUGACCAUCGCUAGAAGCCAGCAGGACAUGCAUGUGUCCGACUAUCAGACAAAUGCGGGUGAAUCGUCGAAAAGAAAAAAUACUGAUUUUUUUGUUUUGUUUCGUAGCUUUCUUUUUCCUGUACAUACGAGUGCAAUUACUGGACAGCUGGCCUAGGGUUUGGGGACGGAGCUGUGUGGACCCGGGUCAUCGUCGUAACGCGGUUCCUUGGGGAUUUAGUCCUGCAAAAUUUGAGACCCUCUUUCCAAGUGUCACCCCGGCCGGGGUGAGCUCGGGCAAGGCGUCCUUCACGGGAGAUCGAGGAGGGGGAGUUGGGGGUUUUAGGUGAUACACUGAGCACGGGUGGGUGGCUGCAUUCCCCAGCCGGGUGGGAUGUGCGAGGGCAGCUUGUGGGGCCAGGAAGGGCUUGGAGGUGGAUAAGGGCAUGGGAGGGAGGUGAGGGGUCCAUAGGUUGGGGUCACCAGCCCUUAAUGAUGUCCACAGUGUUGGUGGGUGAAUUGCUGCGGCUGCAGGAGCUGAAUUAGCUUCUUGGUGUGGCCACUGGUGGUGUGGAUCUCACCAGCUGUGUUUAUACGUGGAGGUUGGGUGCCUGUGGUGGAAGGUGAAGUUCUCCCUAUUUAUCACGCUGUCCUGUUUGAUCCCCACGUUGUGGGAAGCCCUGCACCUUCUCAGGCUCAUCCGACACCAAAGCAUGAUGUGGUCGUGUCUGUUCUCCUCCCUACGGCGUCUUGUUAGAUCCCAUCUGCACUAUUUAAGCCUCCUCCUGGCAGGGGCAACUGUUUAAAGCAAAGCAUGGGGAUGGCCAACGUUGCAUUCCCCAUGUCUACCGCUCACUCCUGGUCACGCUUUGUAUCCUCAGUUGAUUUUUAACUAUUUCCCUGGCAGGAGUGGAGCUUAAGUCCUUAGGAGCAUGUCCACGAGUUUGUGUCCUCUGCCUUGGAGGACAUUGCUGUCUUGCACAGGGCAUCCUUGACACCAGAGAUCCGCCUUCGAGACGGGAAUGAAUGUAUGCUUGUACAUAACAGACCUUCUCUGUGAGCGGUGUUUGUCGCGGCAUCCCUUUUCAUAAGGCACCAACUUGAUUUUGUCCUCUUGGGAUUGUCCUGCAGCAGCAGCGACACGGGCUGCAGCGAGAGUUUGUGGAUCAGGAGCGGAUUUUGGGAUCCAGCAAAUUGAUCUUUCUCCUUUGAGCUGCAUCAGCUGAGGAGCUGAUAGUGGGUGGUUUCUCCUCCAGCUCUCCCAUUCCUCCCUCCUCUUCUCCUCAUGUUCCCCUAUGAUCCGUCCUGAUGAUAUUUCAUUAGCCAGACCCUAUAUCUUCCCUUUCUCUUAAAUUCCAGCAACAGCACUAGAGCUAGGGGUUUGGAUAGCAUUUUGCUCCUUUGCUGUUGGGUUUUUUUCUUUUACUUUUUUACCUCUUAAAAGCUUCCAGUGCUUUUGUGUUUCUCUUUUACCUGGGCAAGAGCUACUCUUCCUCUGUACAGUAGGUGCCAAAUAUCAUCCUUCCUUUCUUUUCUCCAUCACCAGCAUUGAAGAUGAGCAGAGCCCCCAGACCAAUGGGAAUGUACAGAAUUGUUAUACUACUGAGCUGAUUUAAUUGUACAGAAAACCUUGCAUGAAAUGUUGUUACUGUAUUUAAUAUAUAAUGUAUUCAAGAAAUUUUAAUAUGGAGCUCUUUAAAAAGAUCUUUAUAGAUACUCUGUGGUUAGAAGAUUGUUGCUGAUUUUUUUUUUUUUAAAUAUUAUUAUACUUUGUCUCGAAGAAGUUUUAUUUUUGAAACGUGUUAUGUCUGAUUGAUUUAAUUGGUGAUCCCAUUGGGCAACCAAUUCCCCUGGGAAGAUUUUCACUGUUAAGAGACUCGCCCUGGCUCAGAGGACCAGGGCAUGACCCAGGUACAGCUUAAGCCUUCAAAUAAGGCUUCAGUAAGACUCACGCCACAGAUGUGUGAUGUGCCCUUCCCCAAAUGAGUGGAUUUCACCUUGGUUUAGUACAGAUCGUCUCCAGCUCUCUGUGUGGGAAAGAACCAGUGGGAAUAUAAUCCAGUACCAGCUCAAUGACUUCAGAGUAAAUUGCUUUUGUGUUUCCCUGAGGCUGAAAGCCAGUUUGGGAGAGGACAGACUGAAUUCAGAGCAUCCCAACCCUGUUUGUAGGGUCCAGUGGGACUUUCAGCUGCCUGAUGACAUCUCCCUGGGACAUGGUGGCCUCAGUCUGAGUUCCAUGGGUUUAAGGUCAGGUGCAGGAUUAUUCACUUUACCCUCAAGGUCUGGUGUAGGAUUAUUAAUUUAACCCAAAAUGUAUGUGUGUGGAGGAGUUUCUUGUGCAAAGGUCCCACUAAUGAGUAUUGAAUAAAGGAUGGGAAUCUCUGAUGCAAGGAGACCUAAAAU